AUGCCUGAGAGUUAAAAUGAUAAAUCAAAGCGAUCUAUAUUGUUGGCAGAGGAUUUAGAUGAAGAUGAUCUCCUCCUUGCCAAGAUGGGAUACAAACAAGAGCUUUACAGAGGUUUCAAUGCUUUCAUGUCAUUUUCAUUUUGCUUCACAGCAGUUGCAGUGAUUUCUAGUUGUUCAAUACUGUUUCCGUAUGGUUUGAAAACAGGUGGGCCAGUUGUCAUGAUGUGGGGAUGGAUGAUUGGUUCUUUCUUUUCAAUUCUUGUUGGCUUGUCAAUGGCAGAAAUCUGUUCUUCCUACCCUUCAGCUGGUAGUGUAUAUCACUGGGCUGGAAUGCUUGCUAAUCCUAAAUGGGCUCCCUUCUCCUCCUAUCUUUGCGGCUGGUUCAACUUUAUGGGAAAUGCCGCUGGUGACGCUAGCUUUGCUUUUGGAUUCGCAUAGGUUCUAAAUGCUGCUAUAACUUUAGCCACUAAUGGUGAUACCAAUUUGCCUGUCUAUGCUGAAGUCGGAUUUGCUGUAUUUAUUUCCAUGCUAUGGGGAAUCAAAAACAGAAUGAGAGUAGAUCAUCAAGGAUGGUUUAAUAAUGUAUCAGCAGUCUAUCAACUAUUAAGCACCUUUAUUGUCAUCGUUACAUUGUUGAUAGCUUCUCCAAGUUUAUCUAGCUCCAAAUUUGUAUGGACUGAGUUUAAUAAUGGCUCACAGCUACCCAGUGUUUCAUAUACUUGCUGCAUAGGGCUUUUAAUGUGCUUAUUUGGAUUCUCUGGAUACGAAGGAGGCGCUCAUAUGGCUGAAGAAACCAAAAAUGCUUCAUCAUCGGCACCUAGAGGAAUUGUGUUGACUUGUAUUGCUUCAGCAUUGACUGGCUUAUUUUAUCUUGGGGGUUUGUUAUACGCUUGCUAGGGUUAAAUAGAUGGGAUUCUUGAUGGGAAGAGUGAAUAGGCAGUAGUCAAUGUUUAUUCUUUAGCUUUCACUGACAAAGAUAAUAAAUUGAAUCUAGCAGGAGCAUUAGCAAUGACUAUAAUGCUACUUAUAAACUUAUUCUUUGCUGGUUUCAGUAGCAUGACUGUGACAUCUAGGAUUGGCUUUGCUAUGGCCAGAGAUGGAGCUUUUCCCUACUCUAAGAAACUCUAUGUGAUUAAUCAAGAAACAAAGGCUCCAGACCGAAUAAUAUUCCUAGUAUUCUUAAUUGACGUAGCCCUUUGCCUUUUACCCUUGAUAAGUUAAACAGCUUUUCAAGCAAUAACCAGUAUUACUACAAUAGGCUAUCAAAUAUCCUAUGCCAUUCCUAUAAUGCUGAGACUAACAGUAUCAAGAAAUUCGUUCCAAAAGAGUUCUUUUCAUUUGGGCCCUUUCUCUGAGGUAGUAGGUUGGACUGCUGUCAUUUGGCUAAUUAUCACAUCAAUAAUAUUCUUGCUUCCUACAGAGUUUGACGAAAAUAGUCACUAGACUGCAUAAGGGUUCAACUACACUUGCGUUGUUGUGGGUGUCAUCCUCAUUAUAGCUUUUAUUUAUUGGUUCCUACCAGCCCCUUAUGGAGCUAAGCAUUUCUUUGUAGGUCCUAAAAGAGAAAGUAUUCUAUCUAAUUCCCUUUCGAAAACUUAAAUUAAGUCGGUAAUUUAAGUCACUGAUGAAGAUGAAAAAAAAUCUUUAAAGGAUGAAAGAGAAAUUUCAUUUGAGAAACCUUGA